GGCUUGGAGAAACCUGCAACCUCCAUCUACUUUACAUCCCACCAAGGCUUGCCGUUUGCCGGUUUCUUCCAUCUAUUCAUUCCUUUGUGACUGACACGAUGGAUUUUCUUCAGCGCCUUGCCCGUUUCCUCGACCGUCCUUUGUUCCCAUGGAAGAAGCUCAUCAUCGGCUUCUCCCUUGCCCAAUAUGCCUUCGAAGGCUUCCUUUCUCUGCGCCAGUACCAAGUGUUGAAGCAAACUCGCCCGCCUAAGGUUCUCCAGAAGGAGGUGUCCCAAGAGGUCUUCGACAAGAGUCAAGCCUAUGGACGAGCCAAGGCAAAGUUUGGUCUUUUCAGCGGUCUCUAUGGUCAAAUUCAAAACACGGCAUUCAUCUACUACGACGUCCUCCCGAAACUAUGGUCGUUGACCGGCUCAUGGCUCCUACAAUACUUCCCGGCACGUUUCUCUGGUGAAAUCACACACUCAAUUGUGUUUGUCCUUACCUUCAUCGUAAUUCAGCAAAUCUUAUCUUUGCCAACCUCGAUCUACCAUACAUUCGUUCUGGAGGAGAAGUUCGGCUUCAACAAGCAAACCCCCAAGCUGUUCGUUAUGGAUAUGUUGAAGUCGCAAAUGCUGGCAUUUAUUCUCGCUCCCCCGAUUCUCGCUGGCUUCCUCAAAAUCGUCCAGAAGACCGGAAAUGGAUUCUUCUACUAUCUGUGGAUGUUUGGUGCUGGUCUCCAGGUCUUCAUGAUCACCAUUUACCCAAUCACUAUCCUGCCUCUGUUUAACAAGCUGUCUCCGCUUCAACCCGGCGAUCUGAAGACUGGUGUUGAAGGACUUGCUGAGAGGCUAAAUUUCCCUCUCCACGAGCUUUACGUUAUUGAUGGCAGCAAGAGAAGUGCCCACAGCAAUGCGUAUUUCUUUGGCAUGCCAUGGAAGAAGCAUAUCGUGAUCUAUGACACACUCAUCGAAAAGAGUGAGACACAAGAAGUUGUGGCUGUUCUUGCACAUGAAUUGGGCCACUGGAGUCUCGGACAUACUACCAGACUAUUUGGCAUCUCACAGGCUCAUUUCUUUUACAUUUUUGCUCUCUUCUCGGUAUUCAUUAACAACAAGUCUCUCUACCAAUCCUUUGGAUUCCAUAAUGAGUUUCCAAUCAUCAUUGGAUUCAUCCUCUUCUCAGAUGCACUUGCGCCAAUGGACACCGUCAUCAAGCUCCUGAUGAACAUUCUGAGCCGAAAGUAUGAGUUCCAAGCCGAUGCGUUCGCUGUAAAGCUUGGCUACUCGACCGAGCUCGCCCGCUCUUUGAUCAAGCUGCAGAUCCAGAACUUGAGCACGAUGGAUGCCGAUUGGAUGUAUGCAAGCUACCACUUCUCCCACCCAAUUUUAUCGGAGAGACUGGGUGCUCUAGGAUGGUAUGGCGACUCGAAGGCGAGUGUAUCGGAGGAGAAACAGGACGAGAAAGUCGCACAGGCCAGCGGCAGGGAGUUGUAGACAUAGACGUGAAAUGAACAAGAUCUCGUCAAUUUGACUGUCGGCGGAUGUGAGGUUCGUGGAUUGAGGCCAUCCGUCGUCGCCGCUCAGAACUUUAGUAGGAUUUGGAUAUACUCAGUCUGCAAGCUGACCGGCCCUUUUCAUUUCCCUUUGUCGUUUCUCCUGCUUCAAGCGCUGUUUUUUCUCUUCCCUCCUCGCAGCCUUGUCCAGUGGCUUUUUUGGUGCAUGAUCCAGCAUCUCUAGAUCCGAGUCCAAUUCUGCAUCCUGAACAGCACCAGGGACCCUAACCCCAAUCUCUCCACCCUCAAUACUCUGUUCCCUCUGAUACUGAUCUAGAUCCAUCCAUCCCUCCGCCUCACCAUUCUGCUGCUCCUUAUUCGUACCAUCAUCCAUACCCGCUGCGAUCGGAACAUUCCCCUCUUCCAGAUCCAAGGUAGGCGCAAGCCAUUCUCCCCUCAAACCCGCUUCAACUCGCUGUAAAUUGUGUAUUGUAAUAUUCGAGGAGCUGGGCCCAGCUGUUGGUCCUGAGGGCUCGAGCCGGGCAUUUGGUAAUAAAUGGGGCGAGCUUUUCGCGGCUUCGAGGUACGCAGCGAGGUAUUUGAGUGCGAUGUCUUGUGAGACUGGUAUGGACGCUACCGAUCGUUGAGGUGGGAAGGCUGACAUCUUGUUCAGGGUGACUGGAAUUUCAAUUGCUCGUGAGAUCGCUGAGCGCCUUUGUGAGAGGAUGAUCGGGAACUUUUUGGGGGUAUUUUUUGAUGCGGCCGCUAGCGCUCUGAGUUCAAGAAGCUCGGGUUGAACGACACCAAUCUCGCAAAACACUCGGAA